AUGUCUUCUGAAGACGAAAUAAAUAUAAAUGCUAUUGAAAAACAAUUUUGGGCAGCCAAAGAAACUGUUAAGGUUAAAGAUUUAGAAAAGUGUCAUUCAGAUGUAAUUAAGCUAGAAGAAGGGGUAAAUAGGGCAUUAAGACUCAUUAAUAGGAAAGCUAACACCAAUUAUGAAAAGAUUAAUACAAUGGCUAAAGACGUAAACCUCAACAUAAAAACCCUUAGUACCCAAAUAAUUUCACUAUCGGAAAAUGUAGAAAGAUUAGAAGCUCUUAAAAGCGAUACUUUAGGGCCAAACAAUAGUCUGUUAGCAGACUCCAAUCUUGAUGAAACUCAAAAAGAAUCUAUAAACAUGAUUUCUUCACACUCAGGUCAUGUUGAAACAUUUUCUGAUGAAUCCAUUAUAGCAUACGAUAAAUGGGCUGAAAAAUUUUGCGACUAUGUAGGUGCAACAGGUCGAGCAUGGACCGAACCUGAAAAAGUUGCGAGACUUAAAUUAGCUCUUUCCGAUACCCCAAGGCAACUCUUUAAACAAUUAACGCAGCAAGAAACUAGUACACUAGAAUCAGCACUAAAAGCAUUGCGCUCAAAAUUAGACUCGCCGCAGCGAAGGGAAAUAACUAAACGUACAUUAGCAUGUUGCAAACAAAGGGAAACGGAAACCGUCUCAGAAUUCCUUAAAAGACUCACCCCAUUAGUAGAGGUAGUGAAUUCCUCAUUAGACGAAACCCAAAGGAAAGAAAAAAUUUGUGAGGAAUUUUUAGAUCGAGUAAAACCCAACAUUGGUUUCCUAAUUAGAUUAGUUGGGCUCUCGAAAGCUAAGGACUUAGAUCUGGUAAAAUCUCAAGCUGAGGAAUUAGAAACAAUGUUAGCUUCUGAUAAAGGCCAAAUUCAACUACAAAGUCCUUUCACACAAACGGUUCACGCUUUAGCUACGAAUCCUACAAUGCCAAGCUCAAGCUACUCGAUGCCUCCCAGAUCUUUCCCAAAUCAGAAUACUUUAAGAAGAAAUUAUCCGAAUGCUAAUUUUACUCCGCUAAGCACUCAAAACACGCGGUACAUUCCUAAUAGACAAAAUAGGAAUAAUAGAAAUGACAGCUGGAGGGGAGGACAGCAGCAACGCAACGAAAGGAAAUGGAAUAAUAGACCAAUAUGCAAUUUCUGCAAGCGCGUAGGGCAUACGUCAUAUACCUGUCAAGAGCGACUUGCGCGAUUUCAAAUUAAUUACGCGGCAAAUUCUCAUAAGUAUAAUACCCAACAAGCAAAGCAACCGGUCACAGGGCAAAUCAGAUCCAUUGAACCCUCAAAUAAAAUCUUAAUAGAUGCUGGCGAUUUAAUCCACGCAUUGGCAAAACUAGGAGUAGGAAACAAUCAUGAUUCAUCGCCUUUGAGCAAAGACGCGAAUUCAUCAGUUAAUUCCCUUGCCACAGUAGAUAAAAUACCGAAUAAACCAAUAAAGGAAGAGUUCAAGCAAAAUAUAGAAAAUAAAGUUGGGAAAGAAGAAAUCCAUACAAAAAUUUCGAGCUGGGAAGGGAUAGCCCCAAAAAUUUCCCGUAUGAUGUUUUAUCUAACAAUAAUGCUAAUAUUAGUCACCCCCAUUAAUGGUUCGAAAAAUCUUAUUCCAAUACCACGACAACCAAUUAUUUGUUAA